GAGCCAGGCGGUCGUCGCUUCCCUGCGCCCGACUUUUCAUAGGCUAGGAAGCAAAGCUUGAGAAACUUGACGUUGUCUUGGGCAGAGUGCGUGUAGCAACAGAUCAAAGAAAAAGAGGAAGAAAACGUGCUCCCAGCUGCCGGGGGAUCUCGCUGAGUUGCUUUUGUCUUGCGGGCUUCUGUUGGGUUUGGUGUUUCCCCCUGGAAGACCGCUGCGUGGGCUUCGAGGCGGCUCGCUCCCUGCCGGAUGGGUGAUGGAAGUCUAAACAUGAGGCAGAUAGCUGAUCAGCUUCCUUGGAUUUUGCUGAUGACCCAGGAGAGCUUUGCCUGAAGAUGGAAACACUGGAGUCGGAGCUGACCUGCCCUAUUUGUCUGGAGCUUUUUGAGGACCCCCUUCUGCUCCCCUGCGCACACAGCCUCUGCUUCAACUGCGCCCACCGCAUCCUGGUGUCACACUGCGCAACCAACGAGUCUGUGGAGUCCAUCACCGCCUUCCAGUGCCCCACCUGCCGACAUGUCAUCACGCUCAGCCAGCGAGGUCUAGACGGGCUCAAGCGCAACGUCACCCUGCAGAAUAUCAUCGACAGGUUCCAGAAAGCCUCGGUGAGCGGGCCCAAUUCCCCCAGCGAGACCCGCCGGGAGCGGCCGUUCGACGCCAACAGCAUGACUUCGGCCGAGAAAGUCCUCUGCCAGUUCUGUGACCAGGAUCCUGCCCAAGACGCCGUGAAGACCUGUGUCACUUGUGAAGUGUCCUACUGUGACGAGUGCCUGAAAGCCACUCACCCGAACAAGAAGCCCUUUACAGGCCACCGUCUGAUUGAGCCCAUCCCGGACUCGCACAUCCGGGGGCUGAUGUGCCUGGAGCACGAGGAUGAGAAGGUGAAUAUGUACUGCGUGACCGAUGACCAGUUAAUCUGUGCCUUGUGUAAACUGGUCGGGCGGCACCGAGAUCAUCAGGUGGCAGCUUUGAGUGAGCGCUAUGACAAAUUGAAGCAAAACUUAGAGAGUAACCUCACCAACCUUAUUAAGAGGAACACGGAACUGGAGACGCUCUUGGCUAAACUCAUACAAACAUGUCAACAUGUGGAGGUCAAUGCAUCACGUCAAGAAGCCAAAUUGAUGGAGGAGUGUGAUCUUCUUAUUGAGAUCAUUCAGCAAAGACGACAGAUUAUUGGAACCAAGAUCAAAGAAGGGAAGGUGAUGAGGCUUCGCAAACUGGCUCAGCAGAUUGCAAACUGCAAACAGUGCAUUGAGCGGUCGGCAUCCCUGAUCUCCCAAGCGGAACACUCUCUGAAGGAGAAUGAUCACGCGCGUUUCCUACAGACGGCGAAGAAUAUCACGGAGAGAGUCUCCAUGGCAACGGCAUCAUCCCAGGUGCUAAUUCCUGAAAUCAACCUCAACGACACAUUUGACACCUUUGCCUUAGAUUUUUCCCGAGAGAAGAAAUUGCUAGAAUGUCUGGAUUACCUUACAGCUCCCAACCCUCCCACAAUUAGAGAAGAGCUCUGCACGGCUUCCUAUGACACCAUCACCGUUCACUGGACCUCCGAUGACGAAUUUAGUGUGGUUUCCUACGAGCUCCAGUACACCAUAUUCACCGGACAAGCCAAUGUUGUGAGUCUGUGUAACUCGGCCGAUAGCUGGAUGAUCGUGCCCAACAUCAAGCAGAACCACUACACCGUCCACGGUCUGCAGAGCGGCACCAAGUACAUCUUUAUUGUCAAGGCCAUCAACCAGGCGGGCAGCCGCAGCAGUGAGCCUGGGAAGUUGAAGACAAACAGCCAACCAUUUAAACUGGACCCCAAAUCUGCACAUCGCAAGCUAAAGGUGUCCCACGAUAACUUGACAGUAGAACGUGAUGAGUCAUCAUCCAAAAAGAGCCACACGCCUGAACGCUUCACCAGCCAAGGCAGCUACGGCGUAGCUGGAAACGUGUUCAUUGACAGUGGCCGGCAUUACUGGGAAGUGGUCAUAAGCGGAAGCACAUGGUAUGCCAUUGGCCUCGCGUACAAAUCAGCCCCAAAGCAUGAGUGGAUUGGCAAGAACUCUGCUUCGUGGGCGCUGUGCCGCUGCCACAACACCUGGGUGGUGAGACACAACAGCAAGGAGAUCCCCAUCGAGCCAGCCCCCCACCUCCGGCGCGUCGGCAUCCUGCUGGACUACGAUAACGGCUCCAUCGCGUUCUACGAUGCCUUGAACUCCAUCCACCUCUACACUUUUGACAUCACAUUCUCGCAGCCUGUGUGCCCCACCUUCACCGUGUGGAACAAAUGUCUGACCAUCAUAACCGGCCUUCCCAUCCCAGACCAUCUAGACUGCACAGAGCAGCUACCGUGAGCACAUGGCCGCGCGGAGCUGUUUUCCGGGGAAUCGAAAGGGUGGUGGCCACCGUUUCGGGGACACAGAAAACACAGGCUUCCAGAAUGUGAUUAAAUCUCACCAAAAAGUAUCCAGAAAUCAGCUAAGAUAGGACUCCAAAUGGGCGAUUCCUCCCUUUCACUGUGUUUUGUAUCAAGUAGAGGCUUUAAUAAUUUCUUCACCUUUUUUUUUUGUAUUUACAGGAGAAUUUAUAGAUUAUUUAUAAAAGGAACAUAACCAGGAUUACAACUCUUAGGAAUUCUCUGGUUUUGCACAUUAGGAGGCCCGUAAGUGUACCAGCUCUUGACCACCUGUAUUUCAGCACAGUCUCUGGGCUCGAGAAAAACGUUUUGUGUGCUUAUCUACCUUCUCACAUCCUAUGUCCUACGGAUCCCGUGGGAAGUCCUGUCACCCCAACACUGCGUAACAGUAUGCAACUAUUUUCAAAAUAAAAAAUAGUUUUGAAUCUAGUAGGGAAGUAAACAGGCUUUCUUACUCUGGUUUAUCUUGAAGUGUUCUAACUCUGAUGUCAGCAAAAUUUAUUGGGUCAAGUAGGAUGGAGAGAGCAAGAGAGAGAAUGGAAAGACUUGACUUGGGAGCUUGGAACCUGCCAUAGUGAAAUCUGUAAUUACCCUCCGAUGGCUCGUGGGAUGAUGCUGGAAAGAAAGGUUCUGAAACCUUCGGCCACACAUUGCCCUGUUUUUCCCAGGAUUAAGGAUGCUGGGAGAACAUGAAGAAUGAGAUUGCAGUUGAAAAAAGUCGCCUUGAAUCCUACUGAUUAUUCAAAAAUUCAGGCUGAUUUGCGUUUCCUCGGAAGUGGGAUUCUGUGACGUGAUAGAAAUCUAUUUCCUUUUAAUAGUUUCUUUAGGCCUGUGAAAUUCCUUCACUAUGUUUAAUAGCUGUCUUGUGUCCCCCCCUCCCCCGAAUAAUUUUUGUCUCUGGGGCUGAGGAAAUAAACCUUUUCCGUCACAAAUGGCAAUACCAGUUUGGAUCGAUUUUGGUCUCCAGGACAUCAACACGUGGUCCCAACUGCCACUACCACAUCCAACUGUAAGUCACCCGCAAAACACUUAAUAUAUAUGAGUUGGUAAUGACAAGGGACAUUGCAUAAAGUACUGUUCUCCAGUAUACGUGCCUCAAAAGUUAUUAUAAACAGACUUUUAUGAAACACAUCUUGAAAGAUGUAGAAGUCCCUUUAUUCUAGUGUAGUUUACCAUAGAGUUGUAAGAAAAAGCAAAAAAAAUCAAACUCACUAUUCCCACUCCGGAACCUGCUCGUAGAACCUGCUAACGCCAUGUCAGAUGGGGUGCUUGGCAUGCUGACCUGACACGUCGGAGCGGUCCGUGAAUUAAGACUUUCCUAAGCCAUCCUUGGACUUGGGCCAGGAAUCUGGCAUUGGUUCUACCUUGACGAAGGGCGUGACAUCUGUCAACCAUUUCAUUUGCUAAAAUAUUUAUCUGGGCUAUGGGGUUGGCCGUUUUGACUGAACAGACUGGGGGAUUUAGACAUUGUAUUUACUGAUUUUGUUUUUGAGCAAAUCAACCAACCAACUGUUUCUUGGAAAUUCGUCCAUAGACCCACUGUUGCAGCAUCGUGUUAUGUGAUGACGACUCUGGACUUCAUGGGUGGCUUUCCUGGUGCUCCUGCCUCCUCACUGGCAGAUGCGCUCCUUUUUCUUAACAGAUAGAUUCUAUAUAUUUACUAUAUUAUUUAUACCCAGAUGAAUAUUUUGAUAGCGACUUAGGACAAUUUCACAUCUAAAAGACGGACGCCUCAAUGGAAAAAAAAACAUUAAUCAUUCUCUGGAAACUUAAUGGGACUUUUUUUCUUCUUACAAUAUAAAAACAAUGUGCAUUGGCCUUCCCUGAAUAAACCAAAAGGGUUGGCUUAGUAAUUUUUACAUACUUUUUUGGUAGCUGAAUAAUGGAUAUUUUCAUGCACUUUGUACACUAACAGGUUUUAAAUAAAAGGGUCUACAACUCAGCUUCUGAGGUUCUUAAAAUCAUGGUCUCCAGGUACAAGAAAUGCUCCAGUUUGCCUUAUGAUGUUAAUCUAAAGCAUUUACAAGGACAAUAUUUCCAUGAAUUAUAAUGCUUUUCAAUAUGAAGAAGUUACUACUCCAACUUUCACUGAAAGCCAUUUAGGUUAUGUUUUGGCUAUUUUUAUAAGGACAAGAGGAAUUAUGUAUCAUUUUGUUGUGGAAGUGUCACUCUUUGCUAACUUAAAAACAUUGUGGAUAAUAGCAAUUACUGUUUCCAUGUUGUCAUAUUUACAGGAAAAUAUGUAUAUGAUGAAAGGCCACAGUGUUUACUUUCAUUACUGUAAUGAUGUAGAAAGAUUCCCAUGUGGAUUUUCUUUGAAAGCCAGAAAAAUAUAUGCUAUAAACAUUUGCUGCAGUACAAUUCUUUAAACAGAUUGGGGGCACGGCAUUUUGUUUUUGAGGUUCUUACUUCACAGGAAGCACCGCAAUAUAGGGGAGAAAGAGCUGGCAAUGCCAAUUACAUGAAUACACAAAAGUGAUGCAGCGGCAACCAAUGAAUGCUACCAGGUCCGACGUCAUGGGUGUGUGAACAGUGCUAGAACCAUCUUGAAGAGCUUAAUAAUGUUUGGACAAGGGGGCCUGCGUUUUCAUUUUGCUCUGGGCCUUGCAAAUUAUGUGGCCAGUCCUCAUAACAGAACUCAGAAACAUGGUACCUCUCUCUUUCUGGUGGAUACAAAUGAAGAAGCCUGGAUCCCAUGUCACAAGUGGCUGGCCAUAUUAAUUCAAGUAGGAAUCUAGAUGGAUGAAGAUGAGAGUGGGCUUGGGUGAAGAUUUUCUUUCCAGCUUUAAAAGAAAAUGACUUCAAAAACUGCACAUAUUGAUGACAGUUUCUGCUGGAGAAGAGGAAAAGGCCUGAGGACGAAGAGGCAUUUUAUCAUGGUACUGAGAUCUAGAGACUUCCUGAGGAACCGAACCAGCGCCCCCCAGUGGACGCGGCAUUCCAUUUUGGCUCCAGGCACAUAUGCAGGGCCUGCAGAGAGACCCACAUGUCUGGGAGCAUACAUGUGCUUUCGGUGUUGGGAACCUGAUGGUCUGGUUUAAAAAGCAUACAGAGACGCUAAUGGGGGCGGGAGAAUGUUUCUAAAAUAGCGCUUCUGAACCAAGGGGCGAUAUGGUAAUGCCUGGAGUCGUCUUUGGUUGGCCCAGCUUGGGGGAAGUGCUACUGGCAUCUAGUGGGUAGAGACCAGGGCUGCUGCUCCGAGGCUGUGCUACGCUUUGUAAGAUGCUACGACAAAGAAUUAUCCGGCCCAAGAUAUCAAUCGUGCCGCAGAUGAGAAACUCUUAUUUUGGUUUGGUUUGGUUUUUUAAAUCAGAACCCUCACAAAAUUUUUUUUUUCCUGUAAUUGAUUCAAUGCCUGGUAUAUCAGAAAGAAAAGAAAGGGGGCACCAAAACCUUCACUGCAGUGGCUCCUUCCCUUUAAAAAAAAAUAUUUACAAAAUUGCUUGAAAAAUCUGAAAAGCAAUCCCAAGGGUGUGUAGAUAGAAAUCCCCUGACAAAUGUCACAAAGAUUUGGAUGUGAUUUGCUUUGUUUGGAAACGAAAGGUCUCUGUAUGCUGCUCCUUGCACCCAAACAGACUCAAUCCCUGGUACUUGAGUCACGCUGCCAGGCCCUCAGCCCAGACUCUCCAUUGCUGUUGCUUUCUGGUUGAAAAUAAAAUCAUUUCUG